AUGGACCGGAUCAAACAAUUAGAGGAAAAAAAGAGAAAAUUACAAGAGCUUAGAGAAAGAAGAAAGUACGUAAAUGACUCCAGUUCUAUAAUAAGCAACGACGAACGGAUAAAGACGCUUUUGGAGAAUGUCAAAGUUGGAGGACACAGAGAAACAAUCAGCAUAUCUACACAAACCGAUGAUUUCGAACAGCCAUCAAGCGCUGCGCCUUCUAGCGUAGACGUACGAGAAGUAAUCACGUAUGAGAAAUCUGUUCAAACAGACUUUUUUGAUGAGGAAGAACCGUGUACGCAAAUAACAGAGACUGAGCACCAAGUAAUUCGUGACCUAGAGGGCGAAUUUGAGACUGAAAAAUCUGAUGAAGAUGCAGAUAACUAUGCUGAAGAUAAAUUGGAAGUUUUUCCCAAAGAACAAUCCCAAACAGAUAAGAUUGUGCCUCUAGUUUAUCAAGAUCAGGGCAUUUCUGUGAUAACCAAAACCUUCGCUCUCAGCGAAGUACUCGAGAAAAGUAAUGCCCAUCUUCAAGAUCAAAACACUACCAAUGGUAAUAAUUUUGACCUACGUCAGAUUUUGGAUCCGGAAUUCACCGGUGUUGGGUCAAAAAUAUGUUCAUGCAUAGAUGUUUACAGCGGCUUCGUAAUGUCAAUUGUUCAACACAAUGACAAAUCAGAAACGCACUCGUCAUCAUCCUAUGUAUACGUCUAUCAGUUUGAUAGUGGAAAGCUACUAGAUGCUGUUGAGUUUCAAGGUCAAUCACUUUUAAAAGGUGAAUUUCUGCGAAAUCCUUCCUCAAAGAUCGUAUCUAUCAUUCUAACUUCUUACAACGGUAAGACAAUUUUAUAUGAACUCAGAGCUGUAUCCUAUAACGAUGGCCCUAUCAAAGUUGAGCGGAAUAUUAUAUCCAAGAACUACCACAAUUAUCCAAUUUUGGCAUUGUGGCAGUUUCACACCAGGGACGCCAGAUUCUUAACAGCAAGCACAGAUGGGAGUGUGCGAGAAAUAAAUGCUGUAGAUAUGUCGCUCUACGAAGAAAUAGGCUCACAUACUACCCCUUUUUCUUUCAAACUUUUGCCCGUCAGCGCGUCAGAUUUAAUGCUUGAUAGCCCCUCAUCGCGAGGUACCUCAUAUGAUAUGUUUUGGGACCAGUUAUCGCGGAUGUCGCUCUACGACGAAAUUGCAAUUGUGUCGUUAGUCACACUACCCCAGGAUCAAACUACACUUUAUGUGGGUUGUGAAGAUGGAGGUAUAUACAAGAUCACUCCCCAGAACGACACAGACAAACAUAAAACAAUUAGAAUAGCACUCGACAACAAUGGCUUCAUGCCAACCAAAGCGAGUGAGUUUAGUUAUGAGAGUAAGCACCAGCUCGCUAGCGAUAAUGGAACCUUAUUUCACUCUGCCCCCGUUAGCGGCUUAUACAGGUGUGGAGAUCUUCCCAAUCUCCUAUUGUCAUCUGGAAUGGAUUGGAAAUGCAUUUUAUGGGACGUAACAAACAAUUUGAACCUUGCGACUAUUGAACUGGACCAUCCUAUCAUAACUUGUCAGUGGCUAAGCAAUGGCGACAAUAAUUUGUUGAUGAUAUUGACACCCAGUUCCCUAGAAGCGUUCGAAAUACACAUCUCUUCCACGCACUUGGGCCCGAAUUCAUUAAAGUGGUCAGUGGUCAACGAACCAUCACUGCGUUUUAGCUUGAGCAUUGAGCAAUGUGCGUCCCUUGAUAUGUUUUCGUGGUUCAAGUUGCUUUCUUCAAACAAGGAGAAUUUCGUGGUAUUGGGCGGUGAUUCACCACUAAAUUACUGUUUCAAGUUAUUUCUCGACUAG